CGAACCAAAACCCACAAAGACAAAAGCCCUCUUCUUUUGCUCCCCUGUAGUUUAUCUUCUCGCUGUCCGAAAAAAUCCCCUUCUCUCUCUCCCCCGAAACUAGGGUUUCUCAGUUCCUCAUCUUCGCCGUCUUCUUAUCAUCAACGGAAAUGCUCCGGUAAAACAACAACGAUGCAGAAGAUUCUUUGCAAGACUACCACCACUUGCUCAACCCCUCCGGUUAACUCUCUCGCGGCCGGUUUAAUCUCUACACAAACCAUCGCCAUACCCUCUCUUCUCUCCCUAGGGUUCAAAACCUUCUCUACUUCCGCUAUGCCGCUGCCGCCGACGACAACGACUGGUUCUAUCUCCACAAACGGCGGCGUUUUCUCCGGGAUUCGGCAGAGAAACCGUCUCCACAGAGCGGCGGUAACGUCACUACGGUUCUCAACCUCUUGCCGCUGCUCAAUCGGUAGUAGGAGCCGAGCUUGGGUCGGUAGAAGCGGGACGUGGCGCUCGUGGCUCCACUCCGAAGCCAACGGCGGCUUGAGCUCCGUUAACGCUGCCGGAGAAGUUGUUGAAAGUGUUGAAGACGACUCUGAUGGAGAAAAAGAUAAGGAUGAAAAACCGGUUAGGCUAAACCGUCGUAACCGGAGCUCCUCUAGCGAGUUAACCGGUAAUCCAGAUUUGCUGAAGAUUCCCGGUGUAGGCCUUAGGAAUCAAAGAAAGCUUCUUGAUAACGGAAUAGGAGAUGUUGCUGAGCUCAAAAAGCUCUACAAAGAUAAGUUCUGGAAAGCAAGCGACAAGAUGGUUGACUAUCUCCGCAGCUCGAUCGGCAUCAUACACAGAAACCACGCUGAGAGCAUAACAACGUUUAUCAAAGAAAGCGUGGACGAUGAGCUCAAGGAGCCUAAUGUGAACGUGAAGAAGCGUCUGACGUUUUGUGUUGAAGGGAACAUAAGCGUCGGCAAAUCAACUUUCUUGCAGAGGAUAGCUAACGAGACCAUUGAGCUGCGUGACCUUGUUGAGAUAGUUCCUGAGCCGGUUGAUAAAUGGCAAGACGUUGGACCGGACCACUUUAAUAUACUUGAUGCUUUCUACUCUGAGCCUCAGAGGUAUGCUUAUACUUUCCAGAACUAUGUGUUCGUCACGAGGUUGAUGCAGGAGAAAGAGUCUGCUUCGGGGAUUAAGCCUCUUAGGUUGAUGGAAAGGAGUGUCUUCAGUGACAGAAUGGUGUUUGUGAGAGCGGUUCAUGAAGCCAAGUGGAUGAACGAGAUGGAGAUUAGCAUAUACGACUCUUGGUUUGAUCCCGUCGUAUCUGCUUUACCUGGACUUGUUCCCGACGGGUUUAUAUACCUGAGGGCGAGUCCAGACACUUGCCACAAGAGGAUGAUGCUCAGGAAACGAGCAGAGGAAGGUGGAGUCUCACUGAAGUAUCUACAGGAUCUGCACGAGAAGCAUGAGAGCUGGCUCCUACCGUUUGAGAGUGGGAACCACGGGGUGCUCUCCGUUAGUAAACCGUCUUUGCACAUGGAUAACUCUCUCCAUCCUGAUAUUAAAGACCGUGUGUUUUACUUGGAAGGGAAUCAUAUGCAUUCUAGCAUCCAGAAGGUGCCUGCUUUGGUUUUGGAUUGUGAGCCAAAUAUUGAUUUCAGCAGAGAUGUUGAAGCAAAGAGACAGUAUGCACGGCAAGUUGCUGAGUUCUUUGAGUUUGUGAAGAAGAAGCAAAAAACGUCACAGGAGAAUAGCUCUCCCUUGCUGAUGCCUCCUCAUAAUGGAGGUCUCUGGAUGGGACCAGAAGGGAAGCAUGUCCCGGGACUAGAACUCCCGUCUCUGGAUUUUAGGAAGGCGAUGUCGCUCAUAACCAGACCGUCUGCGUGAGACUGCCCCCCCAUGGACUCAGUUUUUUUUUGUUUUGAAUGCUCUGAAGGAGCAUUGUCCGGUUAUGGAAUGUCAAUAGGUAUGGUCGUCUUUAUGUUUCGUUUGUUUUAGGAAACUUCUCUCUACGGCUUUUUACCUCUCUUAGUUUAGUUAUAACCCUUUUGUGUAGAGAAGAAUGAUGAUGUCUGGAUAAUUUUA